AUCGAUUUGGGAGGGAAAAUCAAUUUGGGGGAAAGGGUUUUUGCUUCCUCUCCUCUCAUGCGCUAUGAAGAGAAGACAUAGCGAUAAAGUCUCGAUUCGUAUCCACAACGUCGGCACACCGUUGAUUUCUCGCUCCACCGGUUCACCCAUAGAAUCUCUUCACGUCGAAUCAGAUCGUCCCUACACGAUUGGUCGAAGUACAGCUAACGGGUCGUGCGAUUUCGUCCUCGACCAUGUCGGAAUCAGCAGAAACCACUGUCAGAUUCUAUUCGAUAGCCAAAGUCGCAAACUUUACGUUUUUGAUGGUGUUAUUCUUUCGAAUUCAGGUGGGUUUAGUCAAUUUUUCAAUGAGGUGGAGAAGGAGGGUUUGAGGUUUAAGGUUUCUUUGAAUGGUGUGUAUGUUAAUCGAGUUAAGGUUAGGAAAGGUAGAGUUCAAGAGGUUUUGGUUGGUGAUGAGGUGUUGUUUGUUUGUGGGAAGGAAGGGUUGUUGUGUUAUAAAGAUGGGCGAGUUGGUUUUGUGGUUCAGGAGAUUGGUUUUGAAGGGAGAGAUGCUUCUGUUUCCGAAGGACAUUCUAGGGGGAGUUUUUCUAGUGGGAAGAGAAGUAAAAGGGUUUUUGCUCCGAUGGAAAAUGAAGUCAGUUCUUUGGUUUCUGGGGUUUGUCGUCGUAAAGCUGUUGGUGGUGUUGUUGAGAGGUUGAACUCUCUUGUGAGAUAUUGUAGACAUGUAUUGAAUAGUGAUGAUCCUGUAUCUUGCCUUAGGGUGUCAGAUUCUGGGAAAGAGUGCGUGUCCUGUUGUACAAUGUUAAGGUUAAAAGGAGGUAUAGUGGCUGAUAAUAGAGAAGUCAGGAGUGAUGAGGUUAAUGAUGAGAUGGGUCAUGGUUUGUCUCGUUUAAAGGCGAGCGAUGAACAGCCAAGCCCAAAAUUACAAGUAGAAAGUGACGGUGCUAUUUGUAUAUCUGUUAGCGAUAAAGCUAGGACAAUGCUUCCAUUUGAUGGGGAGAAAGAAAACACUCCCAAUAUUAGUUACAUCAACAAGGAGAAAAGUUGUCAAAGCUCUCUGCAAACACCUGGGAAGAACUUUUAUCUAAAUCGUCUUCAGUAUAUUGAACAAGACCCAACUGGUAGUCAACGGAUGGUUUCCUUGCCAGAACUUCUUCACCCUGUGGAAAGCAUCUCACAAAUCUUCAUUGCAACAUUUACAAGUGAUAUCUUAUGGUUUCUUACUGGUUGUGAGAUACCUAGUCAUUUGCCUGUAACUGUUGCAUGUCACCAUGCUGAGAGAUGUUGGAGCUCAAGCCCUGAUGCAAGAACUUCUGCUCCCUUGCCAAAUUACCCAAAUGUAGUUAUGGUGUUUCCACCAUUUCCUGAGGAAAUUGCAUUUGGGAAAGAUAGAAAGAACCGAGGCAUUGCUUGUCAUCACCCCAAGCUGUUUAUUCUGCAAAGAGAAGAUAGUAUUCGUGUAAUUAUUACGUCUGCAAACUUAGUAGCGAGACAGUGGGAUGACGUGACCAACACAGUUUGGUGGCAAGAUUUUCCACGAAGAGCAAACCCUGAUUACUUAUCCCUUUUCAGCCAUUUCAAAAAGGAAACCAAUCGUGGUUUAAGUUCAGAUUUUGGUGCUCAGCUGGCUGGAUUUGCUGCGACGCUUUUGGCUGAUGUUCCAAGUCAAGCUCAUUGGAUUCUCGAGUUCACAAAAUACAACUUUGAACACUCAGCAGGUCAUCUUGUCGCGUCAGUGCCUGGAGUUCAUUCUUAUAAGCCCUCUUAUCUUACAGAAUCUGUUCGCUCAAGCACCGCUUUCAAUGAAGAGUUUCUGGGAUCUGUGGAAGCGUCUGUCGUUGGCCUCAGUUACCUUUUCCGUUCUACCAGUGAUUCUACAGGAGCACAACUGAAACGACUGGCUUCAUAUAUUAGCAGAACCCGUGAAAAUUCUCUCGGAAUGUUGGAACUUGUUAUGAGAAGAAACACCAAUGUCCCUGCUGACGUGAAUGCUGUAAGCGUCCUUGUCCCUAACCCUGAUGAUGAUUCGAGAGACGAGUUUGUCCAGCUAGGCUUUUUGCCGCGGAACAUUGCAAAAUGGGUUUCUCCUCUGUGGGAUAUUGGGUCCUUUAAAUUUGUGGGAUAUGUGUAUCGAGAUGAAGUCCUUGCAGCUGCUUCCUGUAGGAGUAACCAGAAGGUGCAACUGAUGCUGCAUGUAUUACAGGGAGUGUCCAUUUCAGAGAUGCCAAAGUUAAUUAACCCCCAUCAUGUUGUUGCGUUGUGCUCGUUGAUUGCUUCACUUCAGAGAUGUACUGGCAUUUGGAGGCUACAAGAGGUGUUAGGCUGUUACAAGUGGCCUGAAUCUCAGGAAUCUGAUUUUGUCUACAGUGCAUCUUCGGUUGGAGGCUCAGUAACUGCAGGAUUUCAAGCUGAUUUUGCAUCAGCUGCUGGUAAAAAAAUGUUACAGCAUUUUGACUCCCAGGAGUCUGAUCCUGAGUGGGGAUGCUGGAGUGCUAGGGAAGAAAGGGAAGCCCCUUCCAUUAAAAUCAUCUUCCCUACCAUUGAAAGGGUGAAGAAUGGCCAGCAUGGUGUCUUGUCUUCAAGACGUCUUCUCUGCUUCUCCGAGAAAACCUGGCAAAAGUUGAGAUAUAACAACGUGCUUCACGAUGCAGUUCCUAAUCCUCAGGACAGAGUAGGACACCCGAUGCAUAUCAAGGUGGCUAGAAGACGCUUCACCUCUACUGGUUCACGGUCUUCUUCAUUUGGUUGGGUUUACUGCGGCUCACAUAAUUUUAGUGCAGCUGCCUGGGGACAAACCAUUUCCAGAUCCUCCAGGACCAACCAGGACCAGUCUUAUAAUGCCACUAGAUCGGUCAGUAAACUUCGUGUGUGCAACUACGAGCUAGGGAUUGUAUUUGUUUUCCCUCCACCUCAUGAAGAAAAGGACUCAUGUGAUGGGUCUAAGAUUGAUGACAUUGUGUUGCCGUUUGUUGUACCGGCUCCAAAGUAUGGAGGGAGUGAUAGACCGGCUACAGGUUUGGCUAUGAGGGAAGCUUUGGCUGAGUUCAGGGAAGGCUCUACAAGUGUCUUUGGAGAAAGUGAAGUUGAGGAAGUAGAGGAGGAAGAAGAAGAUGAGGCUGAAGCUGAAGCUGAAGCUGAAGGAAGAGGAGAGUUUGUUGUAGAAGAGAAGCAAGAAGAGAAGGCUUACGCUGAGGCGUUGUGGAGCCAGGUUGAGUCCUCCCUCAGCUCCUGAAAAAUACUUACAUAUAUAACGUGUAAAAACAUUUGUUGGGAUUAUAAAGGGUAAGAAAUAAAAAUGAUUUUUCUCA